AUGGCGAACCAGAAGUCAACCAGCGCAUGGAAUCGGGAAGAACUGGAAAGUCUCCAUGUAACAUUCAACCAAAGGAGCGCUGCCAGGACAACUGCAAUCAUGCCAGGUAUUGUACAACACCUGAAGCCUCAACCGUUACGACACGUGCAUCUGCAAGGAUUCAAGAAUAUGGAAAGUAUAUGCAACGAAGAGUUCCUGUCAAUGGCACGUACGUUAGUUCUUGAUUAUAAAGGCUUUCUGGAGGACCAACUCUCAAGACUUCUGAACCUGGCUCUACUCAAGCGUGAGCACAGUCUAUCUACCGCCUACAACCUAGCUAUGUUAGCCACAAUGGGCCCAAGUGAGGUCGAAUCUCUGGUAUGCAAUACCUCAAACUCACGGUAUCUGGCUGGACACAAGAACGGAUUCCCCUUCGUCGCAUUUUACGAUGGGGCCGCAAACACGGCUGUUAUAUUCUUAGCAGGAGCUGUUGACCAGAUAAACGGCUUGGCAACAAGCUCAAGAAUGAAGGAAAGACCAUUUGUUGCUCUUUACGAUGGGAUGGUAGCCACUGCUCAGAUAUUUUUACCAGGAGCUGUAGAGCAAGCAUAUGCUCUGGCUCCAAGCAAUGGACUUAAAGCAGGACGCUUGAGACGCUCGUAUGUCGCGUGUUACGAAGGCGAGGCAGCCUUUGCACGUGCACUAAUGCCAGUUAAUGCACAACUGAAGCCUCGCCCAUUGCGACAUGUGCCACUGGUCGGAUUCAAAAGUAUGGAAAGUGCGUCUAUGACAUACAACGAAGAGUUCUUGUCCACGGUUCGGACACUGGUGCUUGAUUAUAGAGACUUUCUGCAGGACCAACUCUCAAGCCUUCUGAACCUGGCCAUUCUCAAGCACGAACAAAGUUUGUCUACAGCCUACAACCAAGCAAUGUUAGCCACAAUGGGCCCACGUGAGAUUAAUCGUCUGGUGAUCCCGUCCUCAAACCCACGGUAUAUGGCUGGACCCAACAAAGGACUUCCCUUCGUUGCAUUUUACAAUGGGACUGCAAAUACGGCUGUUAUAUUUUUACCAGGAGCUGUUGACCAGAUAAACGGCUUCACAACAAGCUCAAGAAAGAAGGUAGGGCCAUUUGCUGCUUUUUACGACGGGAUUGAAGCCACUGCUCAGAUAUCCUUGCAAGGAGCUGUAGAACAAACAUGUGCCCUGACCACACGCAAUGGAAGUAAGACAGGACUCUGGAGACGCUCGUAUGUUGCUCUCUCCGAAAUAAGGGCCGCCUCUGCAAGUGCCCUAAUGCUAGGUAAUGCUCAACACCUGAAGCCUCAGCCAUUAAGACACGUGCAACUGGUAGGGUCCAAGAAUUAUGAAAGUCCAUAUAACGAAGAGUUCUUGUCCAUGGUACGUACAUUAGUGCUUGAUUAUAGAGAAUUUCUGGAGGACCAACUCUCAAGCCUUCUGAACCUGGCUCAUCUCAAGCGUGAACACAAUCUGUCUGUAGCCUACAACCAAGCAAUGUUAGCCACAAUGGGCCCAGCUGAGGUUGAAUCUUUGGUGAGCGCUCCCUCAAACCCACGAUAUCUGGCGAGACUCCCCUUCAUCGCAUUUUACGAAGAGGUCGUAGCUACGGCAGUGGUGUUCUUGUCUCGUCAUGUGACAAUCCCGCCGUCCCGGCCAUCUACCCCACGGAAGUCAACUCGAAUGGAGACUAAACCAAGCCAAGAUAUUGUACAUAAUGACGGAAUCGUAGCCACAGCACACAUUUUUCUACCAUUCCUCCAGAAAAAGAGACAAUCGGAUGUUCAGAUCAUAAACCCAAGACCGCUAGUUCGACCUAAGUGGAGUUGGGUUGAAAAAUGUCGUCUGCUCAAAGACAAACUGGACGGACUUCCACUAAGGUACAAACCCCGUACCGCCAAGUACAUCACCUUCGAGGAGAAAGAAAUUGACACCCGGCAGCGUAUCCUCAACACCAUCCCCUCCCUGAAGACUGUCUCCCCUGGGAGCUGUCUGGCCCAGAGUCCACUCACACCCUUCUACUCUCUUGAGGACACAUACCCUGACAUGGUCUCUGCCACCUUAACGGACCUGGCCACUCAACACAUGAAGUACUUCAGGGCAAGUCCCAGCAGGGCACCAGGUCGACGGGCUGGUCGAACUCAAAUCCAGAUCUUGGAAGACCUGUACUGGGAAAUGCUGAGGAAGAUGGGUGCACCGGAGACAGCAGACGAGAUUGCUUGCAGACGACAGCAGGAGAUAUGUUUCACUAGGAAACUCUGGUAUGGGUCUGUCAUCAAGAGGACCAAACUCAAAUCCGAUCAUAAGGGCAAGUCAAUGUUGAACACCAGAGCUGCCCAGCUGAACGACACAGCUUGUCUUAACACAAAUAACAACGGUUACACCAAAGAAGAAGGUGACUGUGAUCGUGACACUACCGACUCUUCUGUCUUUGGGUCCAAGUCGGACCAGGGGUUCUCCAUAGGUCAGGAUCUUGCCAGGAAGAAACCAAGGCACAGCUACCUGAACAAACGCCACUCUGAUGGCUAUAGAUCUCGUAACAGGGGACCAGCGGGUGUGGGCGGAACAUAUGCUGAUUUUCACAAAACGCAUUUGGAGCCAGCACAACAUGACUCCGGGAUGGACACGGGCCAGUUCGCAGAUUCACCGCUGCUGCAGUGCCAGAGCAAAGACUCAAACUUUGCACAAAGAGGACCAGACAAAACCUUCAAUCCACCUGAUCGUGGUUUGGGUCGGAUGUCUUUAGCUACACAUGAGCCUUCUACUCUGAGACAUGGUGGAAAGUUCUUUGAAGAGGCUUUGUUCCAGAAGGGUACCCUUGAGGAUGAUGCUAUUAAUCUCAAAGAGUUGUUCAAAGACGUGUCAAACUUUGAUUCCCUCAGUGAUGUUCCAGAAUCCAUCUUGCAGAGAGUUCUCCUUCUAACAUGCAAACCAUUUCUUAAAGAUGGAUACAGCAGUGGCUUGUCUUUCCUGUCAAACCUCAUAGAGAGCCCUGAGUGUAGUCCUGUACAACCUAUCCAGAACCUGGAACACUGUACGGGUCAGUGCACAUCAGCAGGAAGUGCUGCAGUAAGUCCCACAGACUCUUCAACAGAGGAGGACGAGGACAACACUAUCCAGAAGCAAAGAGACGCACUGUACAGAGAGACCUGUGGUAUGAGACUUGAACAGUUUCCAGUGUUUGAGGCUAAAUCUACCCAUGAUGACGACUUCAUGGGAGACCUUUCCUUUACUGACAACAGUCCAGACGAUAGGGCUGAGUCUCCACGUUCCUUCCUGCACGAUGAAUUCAUCCACGAGGAUGACGUCCUGGACAUUCCUACCUUGAGCAUCCUGUCUCCCUCUCGAGCCUCUCUCGGACAAGCCUAUCACAGUGAUCAUGGAAUCACUUCUCUCUGCACCCUAGACCACGAUGAGUACAAACCAGCCAGCCAUGAACCCUUUCCUUCUGAGUACGUCUUCAAGAGGGCGUGUGGACGUUCCUUUAGAGUGUCUUCGGAAUUCUGGCACAUACAAAUCCCAACUCUCCCGUCAGACAUGGUCGACUACAAAGUGGAAUCAGAUGGUCUCACUGAAAUAGUUAUCGGGUCAGGAGGUUUUGGGGACGUAUAUGCAGCAACGUUAAUGGUGUCCCCUGGCCAGAGUAGAGACGUGGUGGUUAAAGAACACUUCACGGACAAGACAACACAGGAGUCCAUCGCUAAUGAGGCAAAGAUCACCAUGUACCUUGAGUCCACAGGCUGCGUCCCUAUCUGUUAUGGACUAUUGAGUGACGAGGAGGAUGGCUACAACAUCGUGAUGGAGUAUGUUGGAACAGGACAAACACUUUAUGAUGUAAUGCGCGAGUUGGAAUUGCCAAGAUUACACUGGCUGAAUAUUGUGUGCCAGCUCGUCAGUGGACUGAAUAAAAUCCACAAGAAAGAUGUUCUCAUCAAUGACAUCAAGUCAGACAAUAUACUUGUGGACAUGUCUGGAGAACUGCCCUUGGUCAAGUUCUGUGACAUGGGAACAGCGUCAUACAAAUCAGGGGUAACCUACAGAGGGGACAUGAAGAAUUGUGUACAUCUAGCUCCUGAGGCCUGUGCUCACGCUGAGACAACCGCUGCAUGUGAUGUAUUCAGUCUUGGCAGAGUCCUGAAGAAGAUCCAUGGCGUUUCCCAUAUCUCAACCUUGUUGGUACUUUCUGACCUGUGUAUGGCUGAGGAGCCAUCCAGUCGUCCCACUCUCGAGGCUGCAAACCAGCUGUUGCAGGGGGAGUACACCAGGGAGAUCAUGUUCCCCACACUGACCGUGCCAUCACACGGCUACCUUGACUGCAUUGAUGAGGAAUCACAGGAAGAAACUCCCGGGUCUAUACUCAGAGUUAACACACCAGUCGACACUGACCUGCCUACACCUGCAGGUCCUGGUACAGCUGAAGUUAGUGGUGCUGUCUCAGGUGAUAGUAAAUCAGGCAGUUGCAGCCAAAGAAGCAGCAGGAGUGGCAAAGUCUCGCCAUCAAAUGACAAGGCCUCGGUCACAACGAUAAGUCUGUACAACAUGGAAAUGGAAGUUUGGACACUAUACCACCAGAGGGAACUUGUGAACUCCCCUGCCUUUAGUUCGCCAAAUGGAUCGUAUGGGUUCUACGCGCCACCUGUGCCUCCAUCUUCUCCUGCAUCAUCAUGUGCAUCUUGCCACCUCCACCCGACAUCUUCAUCCAUGGAACUGUCCCUUGCUGCUAUCUCACCCAAGUUUGCCGUUACCAUGGAAACUCUCGACACUGCAUCUAGUGAACAUCAAACAUCCCCAAGUCAUACUUACCAUGCUACAUCCGAGACGUUUGUUGAUGCUCUCGAGGAUCACCUUGAUGCUGAUGCCGACCCUGAGGGUCAUCAUACUGAUGUUGAUGUUAACGAGGCUGCUGUCGUUGAUGUGGACGGGAACCCUACUUCUCCCAGCCUGGAAGCUCUCCACGUGGCGGAGUACCGCGUUCUGUGCCAAGCAGAGCUGGAGGUGUACAACAAGUACUGUGAGGACACAUCAGUGUACGAGAAUUAUCUGCCCCUGGUCCUGCCGCUGUUGAUGCUCCCCCUUGGAUUCUUUGGAUUCAUAUAG